AAACCUGGUGAAGAAAAAAAGGAAUCAGAAGAGUCAAAACGAGAGCCAUGAACUUUACAACAAACAAUAGUACGUCUACAACGGGUAAAGAAAAGAAACGCUGGAUUUUCGCAUAGAAGCAUCUUUCUCAUUCUUCUCCUCAAACCAUACAAGCAUCUUUCUCUAUGCAAAUGGGGUUCUUCUCUCAAACCAGAAAAACAAAACAAUGUUGAGGUUCUCCUAUUACUUUCUCCCUUCAACUUUUCCUUCUACUCAUCAUCUUCUCUACUAAGCUUCCAAGAAGAUUCAGUCGAACUCUGGGAAAGUAGUUGCAGUAGGUCCUGGAGCUAAAGAUAGAGAAGGAAAUCAUAUAACUGCUCUUCGAAGGAAGAAACAACGUGAUUUUUUAUUUUUCCCGAAGCAUGAAACAAUACGAUGAUUUAGCAUUUUAUAAGCUAUAAGCUCAGAUGGCUUUUAUCUCGUCUAGCUUCUUACCUAUUUAAACGCUGAAAUGGUGUUGUCCCCUUUUAAUAGGGGUUGGAACUUCACAGUCAUCAACUCAAAAGCUUCAGCUCGAGUAAAAUGCUUUCCAAUGCACUUAAAAGUGAUGUUACCUUCUCAGGCUGGGGUGCGAAUGGGAUUACUCUAGUUGUUGAUAAAAUUAUAACCUAUUUGAUUUCAAAAUGGACUUCUUCAAAUUCAGAUGAAACAGAUUUAGAUGAAGAGAAUAUGGGGAUGAAGUUAAAGUUGAUCCUGCUGAAGAUUAGGCCAGUUCUUUCAGUGGCAAUGGAGACAGGGAUAAGUAGGCAAUGGUUAAUAUUUUGGUUAAAUCAGAUAGAGGAUGAAACAUACAACAUAGAAGAUUUAAUAGAUGCAUUGAAGAUGGAUUCUACCGGCAAAUUGAAGCAUAUGAAAGAACAAAUUGGUAGGAUGCAUGAUCUCAUCAAUGGCAAUUACAGUGAAGCUAUCAAAGAACUGGAAAGAGAGCGUAAUUUUCAUCCAAAAGAGACUAGUUCUAUUAUAGGUACACAGUCAUGUAUUUUGGACAUACAAAGAAGAGCUGUAGUUGAUGGCAUAAUUAACCGAGCGGUACAGUUGACGCCAACAGAUAGUCCAAUGGUUAGUCCAUUGUUGGAGUGUGUGGCAUUGGAAAAACUACUGUCGCCCGCCAUGUUUAUAAUAGCUACAACAUUAGAGGCCACUUUGAGCACAGAGUUUGGAUUUCAAUGAGUAAGAGUUUCAACUUGGAUUCAGUUCUGAAAUCAUUUAUGGAGUCUGCCAGGAAAGAAACAUUUGAUAAUCUUGGUUCAGAUGCAAAUGAAGUUCGCUUUCAAAAUUACAUCAGAGGUAAAAAGUUCUUUCUUGUUUUGGAUGGUGUCUGGCAAGAAAAUAGGUCUGAUUGGAGUUCAUUUUUCGAACUUCUGGAGGUUCAGUCAAAUGGAUGUGCAGUUCUAGUGACAACUCAAAGCGUAACUGGGGCAGCAGUAGUUGGUUCUAAGCACACAUAUGAAUUGUCAACGUUACUUGAGGAAGAUCUGAUGGCGAUAUUUGAAGCAAAUGCUUUUAAGUUGUCGCAAGAAAGAUCAUCGGAUUAUCCAGAUUUGAUGGAAAUUGGAAAGGAGAUAGUUAGUAGUUGUUAUGGAAAUCCAAUGUUUGUAAAGACAUUUGGAGAAGUUUUGUUCGAUAAACGAACUAAAAAGGAGUGGCAGCUUGUUCAAGAUACAAAUAUUUCAGAACUUCCUCGCAAUGAAAGUAGUAUCUCAGAAGCUUUAAGCUUAUGUUAUUAUAGGUUGCCUACCCAUUUGAAGGCGUGUCUUUCAUACUGUGCUCUUUUUUCGAAGAGUUUUGAAUUUGAAAAAGAUUUUUUAACUAAAUUGUGGUUGGCCGGAGACCUUAUUCAAUCUAAAGUGAACAUCAGAAUAGAAGACUCGGCGGAUUUGUGUUUUGAAGAAUUAGUAAAAAGAUCUUAUUUUCAAAUCAGUGUGCAGCAGCAAGGUACAACUCAAAAGUACAAGCUUCAAGGGUUAGUGUAUGAGAUGUUCAAAAUUGUUGGAACUAACAAUCCUUUCAAAGCGAGAGUAGAUAGCAGAAGAAGCUUGUUACAACAGUCGAAAUAUCUGAGGUACUUGUCCCUGGAUUAUCAUGAUGGUGCAGAAGCAGUAGAUAUGAAUGAUCUUGUCGCAUUCAAAAAGUUAAGAACAAUCAUAUUAAUGCGUCAGGUUCCUUUUGCUGGUUUCUGCGAUGAUUUUUUUGAAAAGUUGGAGUUCAUUAGAGUUUUGGAUCUGAGUAGAAGUGGAAUCACUGCAUUGCCAUCAUCUAUCAAAGACUGCAAGUAUCUAAAAUAUCUUGAUGUCUCCGGGUCAGAAAUAGCAUCUAUUGAUGCUGGAAUUUGUAAUCUUAUCUGGUUAGAAACUCUGAAGAUCAAGAAUUGCAAGCAUCUAAAAGAAUUACCCGAAGAGUUCAGCAAUCUUGUUAAUAUUCGACACUUAGAAAUGGAUGAAGAAUCAUUAGUCCAUACACCGGUACAUAUUAGAAGGUUGACACAACUUCGAGAGUUGAAGAAAUUUGUUAUCCGCAACUUGAAUGGUUGUAGGAUCGCAGAAUUAGUUGAAAUGAAUCAAUUGGAAGGUUCUCUUUGUAUUGAAGGUGUUGAACAUGCUUCCGAUGUUGAGGAAGAUGAGGCCCAACCGGAACGUUAUUUGGACAGAAAAGAUCAUGUGCAGAAACUGAAACUCUAUGUUAAAGAUCAAGCCGUUCCAAUAGGCACAGCGAAGUUGGGCUUUGAAUUGUCUCAUCCUUCUCCAAAGUUACCUGAGUUGAUUGUAGAAGGUUAUAUUUGGGACAGUUUAUGGGAAUGGGACUGGAGAUCUCUUGCUCUUGAAACUGUUGAUCUAAUUGGCUGCUCAAAUCUAACAUCUAUUCGUGGAUUAAGAGAACUCCCUCGCCUAAAGAGGCUCAAACUAAGUGGUUUCAAUGUGAUUUAUCUUGAUUCUUCAUUCUUUGGCCAGGAUGAUGAUGUGGGAUUCUCAUUGUUGGAUACAUUAGCAUUAGAUUUGUGGAAUCAGUGGGAGACAUGGGAUGGAGUUGGUAAAUACAUGUUAAAGAUUGUGCGUCUUUGUAUUCAAAAUUGUCCUGCUUUUCACACCCUGCCAGAUCUCUCUGAAUGGCAUUCUCUAAAUUUCUUGGAUUUAAAGUCAUGCAACUCUCUUCAAAACUGUCUAGGAAGCCCUCCACCUGAUAUUCACUUCCCUACUGUAGAAAAAAUUGUUCUGCUCUAGGACAGAAUGCAUGGCCCCUCCAAGUGGUUCAACGGAACUGAGCAGAUAUUGGAAGAGUAGAGAUAUAUACUCUGAUUGUCCACCAUUGGUAUGUCUUCUUUUCAUUUAUUUACGUUGUUUUUCAAGUCGUUCAGUGGUUUUAGGGUACUAUUUUAGCUCAAUCAUUAAUUUUGAGUGCUGAGAUGAUGAAAUGCAUAGCAAACACUACUACUGGUGAAGUAGGAAAGUAUUAGAGGGAAGCAUGAAAUUAUCUUUCCCUAACACUAACAGUAGUAGCAGUAUCUCAGUCAGCUUACUUGAAUAAUUGGCUGAGGGCAUGACAUUACUUCGAUUAGUUUGCCUGAAGUCGUAUCUUAUGUUGUUUGCAUGUCCAUGAAUGCGAAGAUUUGGAUGGUAUAUUUGAUUUAUUUAUUUUUAAUUUUGUUUUGAUGGAAUAAUUUAUCUUUUAUA